UUGAUCAUUCAGUAUCUUUUUCUCGAGAUAGCGUAAAGGAAAAUGAUUCGAUUAAACUGCAUUGUUACACUUAUCAGUGUCGCGCUGUUGUGCGUUCUCGCAGAAGAGCUUUAUUCCGAUCAAUACGAUUACAUCAAUAUAAAUGAUAUCCUCAAUAAUGAUAAACUGCGGGAGCGAUAUUAUAACUGUUAUGUGGAAACUGGACCAUGUGUAACAGCAGAUGCAAAGUUUUUUAAAGUAAUUGCUAGCGAAGCUAUUCAAACAAAUUGUGAAAAAUGCACUGAGAAGCAAAAAGAGAUGUUGGAUACAUUAAGCGAUUGGUAUACAAAAAAUAAACCCGACCAUUGGCAGAACAUUGUUCAGAAAAGCUUAGAGGACAUGAAAAAGAAGAAUGCUGAUCAAUAAUUGCUGACAAAUGUUGCAACAGGUGAUGCGAUGAAUAACGAUACAUCAAAAUAUUAAUAAUCUAUAAAAUUAUUAAAAAUUAAUAAAUUCUUUAUAUUUAGAGAUUUACAUUUAAAGCAGAGAAAACUGCAUAAUGCUUAUAGUUUAUUAUUAAUAAUAAAUUGUUAUAUAACCUUUCAAUGAUUGUAUUGUAAUAAAUUAAUAUGUUAUUGUAGCAUUAUAUGAUAUAAAUCUCAUGAAUUUUAA